AUAUGUAAACAAAAAUCCUUUUUAAAGGAAUAUUAAAUUCGCCAAUUGUAAAUAUUUUUGUGCUUCUAAAGUUGGAUAUAAUGAUAACAACCAUGACGUCAUUCAUACUACUGAAGACUAAUUCUUUUUUGUUGAGGAUGAACAGAGAAGAUAAUGUAAACUGGUUUCAUGGGAAAAUAUCGCGAGAAAAUGCGGAGAUACUAUUAAAAGAAGAGGGUGAAGAUGGUGUUUUCUUAGUUCGUGAAAGUAAUACAUCACCUGGAGACUAUGUACUUUCUGUUUUGCAUCAGGGAGAAGUGGUACACUAUCAAAUACGGAGACAUGGGGAAGAUGCGUUUUUCUCCAUAGAAGAACAUACAACAGUGCAUGGAUUGGAUACGUUGAUCCAGCAUUACCGUGGAGACUCUAAUGGCCUUGUUACUCGCUUGUCUGUGGUAUGCAAAGGACAACCUCCACCACAUGAAUCUAGGACACAAGGAACUACAAACUUAUUACAUCGGGCGACGGAGGCUGGUGAAUUUAACAUCGUGUCUCAGCUGUUAGCGUGCGGGUAUCGCAGUCGUGACGCCAAGAACCAGGACGGGCAGACGGCCGUGCACAUAGCCGCGCGCGCCGGACGCGAUGACAUACUCGCUAAACUUAUAGAAAGCGGCGCCACUGUCAACGUUCGGGACUCGUUCGGAUACACGCCUUUGCAUUACACAUGUCAGAAUAACUUGCCAAGUACAACGGAGUUGCUGAUCACAAAGGGCAAUGCCAACUAUCAGAUGCGGCACGCGCCCACCGGCAAGGUCCCUCUACACGAUGCCGCACAAAAGGGACAUAUUGAAUGUGUAAAGGUCCUUUUAAAACUAAACGCGCCUUCGCGUCCUAGGACAAUAGCUCAGGACACGCCCGCAGAUCUCGCCAAACAUUAUGGACAUACAGAGUGUUAUCAGUUACUAAAAAACCAUACACCAGAUCCUCCAAAGACAAGUAAAAGUCAGUGGUACCACGGCACCCUGAACAGAGAGGAGGCGGUGAAGACGCUGGAGGCGUUCUGCAAGCAGCAGGGGUUGGUGGAGCGCGCGGCAGAUGGCGCCUUCCUCGUGCGCUACAGCGAGCGUCACGCCAACGCAUACGUACUCACUAUGCUCAGUGAAAACGCACCUUAUAACUUUAUUAUUAGGAAAGAGGGUCAAUGGCUGUACAUAGACGACGGACCGUACCUGGAGUCGCUGGAGCGGCUGGUGGAGCACUACGGCCGUGUGCCCGACGGUCUUCCCACGCGCCUCCUCAUCCCCGUCCCACCCAAACCCAAGCCGCCAUUGCCUGAGUUUUCAACAAUGCCUCGUACGAAGAAAUCACCGACACGAGCAGCGAUGAAUCAAACUUUAUCAUUAGUAAAGCGGGACAUCUUGGGAGACACGCAACCUUCGCCCGUACCACCAAUCUCUAAUAACAACGCCUUUGAUCUGCUCACGAGGAACCUCUCCUUCUGCUCGGACUUCAGCAAUGACUCCAUCAAUAACAAUGAUGAUGUACAAGAUAACGAGACGUACAAAGUACCUGUCAAUAAUAGUGUUGUAGCAUCACUAGUUGAAAAUUACAAUGAAAUAUCUGUCAAUUCUGAUGGCCAGCUAUCUACACUGCAAGAAUUUAUUCCAAUGAGCGAGUUGACGCUGGGGGCGACGUUGGGGGAGGGUGAGUUUGGGUCAGUGGUGCGCGCCACUUACUGCCCCACCUCCCAGCCGGGGCACGCCCAGCCUGUCGCAGUGAAGACGCUGCACGCUGUGCACGCCGCCACCAACAGGCACGAGUUCCUCGCCGAGGCCAGGCUCAUGAUGUCGUUGCGACAUAAAUGUAUUGUCAGGCUGAUUGGUGUCUCAUUGGGUCCGCCGCUGGCGAUGGUGCAGGAGCUGGUACCGCUGGGGUCGCUGCUGCAGUACUUGCUGCGUCAGCCGGAGCGCGCGUCUCCUGGCUACGAGCUGCGCCUGUGGGCGUGUCAGGUGGCCGCCGGCAUGCGGUACCUCGAGCGUCGCCGCUUCGUGCACCGCGACCUCGCCGCCAGGAAUAUACUGCUUGCAACUAGACAUCAAGCAAAGAUCAGUGAUUUUGGUCUGUCGCGCGCGCUGUCGUCGGACAGUUCGUACUACCGCGCGAGUCGCGGUGGCAAGUGGCCCAUCAAGUGGUACGCGCCUGAGGCAUACAACUAUGGCACCUUCAGUCACGCCAGCGACGUCUGGAGCUACGGCGUCACACUGUGGGAGAUGUUCUCAUACGGCAAGCAGCCCUACGGUGACAUGCGCGGCAUCGAGGCAAUACAAGUUGUGGAAAGUGGUCAACGUUUGGAAAGACCGGAGGACUGUCCGGACGAGAUCUACCAGGUGAUGCUGGACUGCUGGGCGUACAGCCCCGACCUGCGGCCCACAUUCAGCAAACUGGUGGAUGUGUUCUCGCAGCAUCCGGACUACGUCAACAUCAGCCAACUUGCGCUCGACAGUGAUGAUGCGACGGUGUGAUGACUUACACGCUGCCACUGCUUGCUCAGUGUACGUGUACCUUUACGUUUGUACAAUAAUGUAUGAAUGGGUUGUGUCUACGAUCUGUAUGAUUGAUGUAUACAUAAUGAAUCAA